CGGCAUACCGUUCGUAUUACUCGAGUGUGAGUCACAGUCGCUGUUGUAAGCAUGGAUUUGUAUUGUUUUGGAUGGAAAAACUCCAAUUAAUCCUUGGUUUGAAGAAAAAUCACCAAAAUACCUGAACAAAGGGGGUCUUGAGUAGGUAUUCUACACCGUGGAUACCUUUGAUUUGUACUUCUACGCGCGGAAUAUAGGAUUUUCAGCGUUUAUUUGGAGUGUUAUUUUGGAAGUUGGUGCAAAAGGGUACUACACUAGAAGGCGAGAAUGAAGAGAGGAGUAUCAGGAAAGGGGUUGACAUAAAUAGGGUAUUGGUCUUAUAACUAAGAUAAACCAUGCCAGCUCUUACAGCCAACACUGUCACCCUUGCAGAGGUGCUUGAGGUGCGUGGUGGGCCUCUGCCAGAGGAGGAGUUGUGGCCUGUCCUUUGUCAAGCAACACAAGCCUUACAAGAUGUGUUUUUGAAAGGGAAAGCAAGACAAAGAAACUUUGGUACAUUUGCCAUCACACCAGAGACCUUAUUGCUAUGCCACACAGGUCGCAUCAAGUUCUCAUUGCAUCCAGUUUCUCCUGGAGAUCGGUCAUUUGUUGCACCAGAAACAUACUCAAGAAGAACUACAACAAGUGAUGCCACCCUAGAAAAGAUCUGUGUCUACUCACUUGGCAUGUCUCUUUUUCAUGCGGCUGAGUAUGAGGUACCUGUUGGUAAGUCUGUCAAUCUGAGCCUGGCACUUGAGAAUUUGCUGCUGGGGAUGUGUGAGGAGAGUGCUAAUGCCAGACUCACCCUACAUAAAGUUCUACAGGAGUGCUAUGAUCACUUCAGCAUGAGGCAUUACAAGGAUGUGAUAACAGCUCUAGUGGAACUUGUGCUGGGAGAUGAGAUCCUUGAUGAAGCAGACAUUUUGACUGAGACAAGUGAUUAUGGUACUAGUGCAGAGAUAUACCCUUCAAGCACAUCCUCCAUGAUGCAGAGCCCCCGUCACCUGCCAUCACCACCUCCUCACAUCAGCUCCAAGGGGCACUCCACGUCAGUACAACUGAUUGGAGCCAACCAUCGACCAGCAUUGGCCCCACAUGUAUCCAGCCAUCAACAGAGGUCCGACCAAGAUGCUAGAUCAAGGUCACCAGAUCAUUCAAGGUUGGGCCGACAUGGUAGAUCAAGGUCGCCGGAUCAUUCAAGGUUAGAACAAUAUGGUAGAGCAAGAUCACCGGAUCGUACAAUGUUUGACCAGCAUGGAAGAUCAAGAUCGCCGGGAGCUCUUAGACACCCAAGGUCACCAAUAGGUGGUGAAGAAGAAGAUUUCUAUGAAUCAGCGUCGCUUUUAGAUAAAUACAAACCCCAGCUUGAAAUGUCCCGAACAAGACACACCUCAACACCUAACGCCCGUGCAGACCUACCAGGCAGACCAGGAAAAAGCGAGCGUGGCUUGCGUGCAGGCAAUGCUGAGACAUCCCAUAAAGGGUCACGCAGUCAAAGUCCACAGAGAAAUGGUACUUCGUCAAAGAGAAUGAAUGGUUUCAACUACCAUGAAGAGGAUGGUUAUUAUGAGGAACCAAUAAUGCAUUUACCGCCUGACAUAGAAGCCAGGCUGCGACCAAACACUUUUGGACGACGAGAGGGGCCUCGAAGACUGCAACGAUAUGGCAGUGAAAACUCUCUGGCGACCACAUCGUCCAUGGCGUCUGGUCCGAGGUCUUCCAUGUUCUCAGAUGGCCGGUCAUCCUCAGCGAUAUCGCUGAUUCAAGGGAGCUAUGCGCCAGAAUCUUACAUCACUGAUGGCUAUGAGAGCGACCCAUACCUUGUAAGCUUUGGCAGUUCUGUGUCGCAGUUGGGUUUCCGGCGAGGCAGGGAUAAACCUAGCAGGCUGGACGAGCCACAAUAUCUAUCAACACCAAACCUGGCCAGUGGAUACCCCGGAAUGAAUGGAAUAGAGCGCCCAACCACCGACGCAGACCAGUAUCUGUCGCUUCCUCGAUUGAGCAAGCCCAGUCGAGGAAAAUCAAAUUCAAAGAACAAACUGAAGACUUUUUUCGGUCCAGAGUUCGUCAUGAUAAGUGAAGACCCAAACAAGUCAAUCGUCAACAUUACACCCAAAAAGGCCGGCCAACUUCCACAUGGACGACGCAUGGUGUCCGUUAUAGUGUUGAAUGGACAGAAGCUGCAGAUGAUGAUUGAGACCAACACUACAACACAGCAGCUGUACGAACAGGUCAUCAAGUACAUCGGAAUCCCUGACAAGAUUUUCUUUGGACUCGCCCAACAGAAAGAUGGCGAACUCUACUUCCUGGAUCUUGACGUCAAGUUGUCAAAGUAUGCUCCGCCCAAGUGGAAAGAUGACCCCAAGGGAACGCUAUUGGAGUUCAUUCUGUAUUUCCGUGUGAAGUUUUACGUGGAGAAGUUGGCCCUUAUUGAUAAUCACAAAACCAAGCACCAGUUUUACCUUCAGCUGCGCAAGGACCUCUUGGAUUGCCGCCUAUACUGUCACGAAGAGGCGGCACUCACACUUGGCGGACUCGCACUACAAGCAGAGACGGGUGACUACACACCGGCACUGGGCGGAGACUACUUCAUCGUGGAACACUACCUCUCAAGACGGGUUCUUAACAAGGUGACGCCAGAGUACGCCCUACAGCAGUUACCUGAGUUCCAUAAGGGUUUCACUGGCCUGGACGAGCAUGAGGCCGAGAUCGAGUUCCUCAAAGAAGCAAUGAGGCUACCCGAGUACGGCCUUCAUUUCUACAGGGUUCAAUCUGACAAGAAAGCGCAAGAUGCAGACUUACUGUUUCUUGGUAUCUGCGUGCGGGGGGUCACCGUGUAUGAGUCACGAGGUCACAUCAAGAGUCCGAUUCACAAGCACUCGUGGCAAAUGACCAAGAAGCUCUCCUUUAAGAAAAAGAAGUUCUUCAUUGAGCCGAGGGAAAGCUCUGACUCUGCCAAGCUUACAUUCUACACCGGACACUACAAGAGGGCAAAAUACUUGUUGUCGCUCUGCACUGCGUUCCAUCGGUUUCAGAUGAAGAUGAGGGCGAGAUUGUCCUCCCUGGAGCAGGAAGACGAAGUUGGCAUUGCCCUAAAGUAUCAUAACAAGUCACCCUACUUACGAGUUCCUCAGAUGCAGCAACUGCAGGCCUCAACAGACACCUUACGCCACCCAGUGCCUCAAAACCGAGGCCCUGUACCUGCCUUACAAAGCCAGGAGCACACCACUGAACAUAUAAGAUCAGACAUUGCAAGCGAUGAAGGCGGUACGAGCUCCAUGAGCUCUGUCGACAUUCGCGAGAGACCACCAUUGAAGAUGCCAUCGCAGGACACAGUUGAUGGACGGACGGAGGAGCCGAGUUAUGCCAGUCGUGGUAGAGGCCAGGAAUUAAUGACCUCACUCCAAGAAGGCCAGCUGUAUGCUUCCAAUUCGACUGAAAAGGAGAGAGAGCGACAAAGUGAUGUCCAGGAAAAUGUUAAAAAUUUCCUAGAAAAGCAGCGUCAAUUCCAAGAAAAGUCCAAACCGCGAGACCCGUUUUCCAGUAAUGAGACCAACCUGGAGGAUGGUCUUUUCCAGGCACCAAGGCCUGCAAGAUUCCAGGACAGGUACCAAGACGAAGGUCUUCUCCAGGAACCAAGAAUCCAGCCAAAAUACCAGCAAGAAGUAAAAGUACAGCCUGCAUUUAGAAGCAUGUUGAAUCAAAGUGUCGACGAAGAACCCCAGAAUGUUAUCAGUCUGCAUGGGACUCCAAAGGUUGUAGACUCAACACUCAAUCUGCCAGGCUACAGAAAACCGGUAAAGCGAGCCGAAAGCAGCGAGGAUAGACCCGAUACUCCACAAUCGACCAAUCAGAGGCCUAACGAUAUUGUGGCGUCCCCGGAAAGAGAUAUCCAAGUGAUCAAGCUACGAAAAGAACCUGGCAAAGGCUUAGGUUUUACUAUUCUCGGAGGAGAAAACUCCCAAAGGCUCGACCUAGGGAUCUUCGUCAAGUCCGUGACUGAGGGAAGCGUUGCUUUUAAGGAUGGCCGACUUAAAGCGGGUGACCGUAUCUUAGCAGUGAAUGGUACUAGCCUUGAGCAAGUAUCUCACGAGUAUGCCGUCAUGCAGCUCAAGACGGCACCAACACUAGUUGAGCUAGUUGUGCUGCAAAGCCAACAAAAUACUACAGCAUUCGACAUAUCGAGUGUCCCAAGUACUGAUUCCACUAAUGAGGAACCUGAUACCCUUGAAGUAAAAUCUCUCAUUACCCCAUCCCACCAGAAUAACCUAAAGAACGCCUUUGCCACCACAACCAUGUCACCUACUUCCAGCCAGUCACCCAGCGCAGUCACGUCGCCUACAUCACCACGGUCACCCUCGAACCCCUCCCCUGCGAGUUUUGGAUUCCACUCCGAAGACGAACCUGUCACAAUGAUUUCCAAAUCAAUAUCUUCUCUCGCAACGGGGACAUCGAAGCCUAAAACUCAAAACCCCGCCUUUUACGGUAAUACGACUUCAGGACUAAGCUACGGCACUUCCGGUCUGAGUAAUACUGCAUCCGGUCUAGGGUUUUCCAUGGCACAGCAGUCUGAAAUGGCUGUUGGCGAAAAGAUUGUAGCUCCUGUUGCUAUGGAGAAGAGCGAAAGCGCAGGAAUGAGUCUGGAUGUCACGGAACAGUCUUCACAGAGGGAAAGUUUGCGUGACACUAUGACGUCGCAUAGCAGUGUUACAAGCGAGGACGAGAUGUAUCAAGGAGAUUCGGAGAUGCGCUUUGUUGUGGAACUUGAGAAGAUUGGAUCAAGCCUUGGUCUCAGUGUCUCUGGAGGCGUCAACACCACAGUUAAGCUUGGCGGAAUCUACGUCAAAUCCCUGAUGCUAAAUGGCCCCGCAGAUAGGAACGGCAAGAUCCGCAUAGGGGACCGCAUCCUGGAGGUUAAUGGAGUCAGCCUUGUGGGCGUCACCCACAAGCAGGCUGUAGAGAUCAUCAAGCGAGCACCCCAGAGGUGCCGACUAGUCAUUGAUCGAUCAAUACAGGUUAACGUUCCUGCCCCGAUGAAGAGAAUUUCCAACAAGGAUGACCCUGAGGGACAGACAUUCACUGUGGAUCUCGUCAAAGGGAUUGGCGGCCUUGGGCUGAGUCUUGUUGGAGGCAGGGACUCCGACCCCGAACACGGAGGUUUGUUGCGGAUCAAGAAGAUGUUCCCUGGCCAGCCCGCUACACUUAGUGGCAAGCUACAGGUUGGCGACAUCAUACAGGAAGUUAACGGGAAAAGCUUGGCAAACGCCAGUCACCAGGAUGCAAUAAAUAUCAUUCGGCAGGAGUCCCCCGCGGUCCAACUCCUAAUAAAGAGGGAUCCAAACACCGUCCCGCCAUCGCUUCUCUCACGAGCAAACUCCACCUCCAGUGAGGUGGACCCCGCCCAGCUCCUUACAGACAUUCAAAGGAAGUUACGGAAUGAUUCCCCCAUGAGCGCAGGCACGCCAGAGAUAGAGAGAGCUGGGGUGCCUGUUGAUUUCCACGUUAUCACAUCUGCGCAGAUAAACACUCAGUACGGAAGACCAAAAUUCCUCUCCUCCCAACCACCUAUUGACGAAAACUCAGAAGAGCGACCAGAUAGCGGGGUUGUCACUGAAAAAUCCUUAUCCCACCAAGCCUCAGACCCUGUAAUUCAGACCACCAAGAAGCACGACCGCGUAACGACGUCUUAUUCCCUACCAAGCUCGGUACAGAUGCUUCAAAAUACGCAGGACGGGCAGAAGAGUGCUGGUGUUGUUUAUAGAGAUAGUACCAGCUCGACUGGGUCUAGGGAACCAAUGCAAAAAGAACCAGUUCCCAGCAGUAUUAGCAGCGAUGACGGCUUGCCUCUUAGACAGCCAACCGCCCCGUCACCGCCACAAUAUGGUGAUGGAAAUAUCAGCUCGGAUGAUGAAGGACAAGGCAGUAUGGAUAGCGUCCCAGAGUGGAAUAAAUCCGAUAUUCACUCCUCUCAGGAGGAUAUAUCAGUUGAUUUUGGUAACGAAGAAGAAGUGAGCGUCGAUGCGGUGUUACCGAUGGAUUUGCCGGGGCUGGAGUCAAGAAGCGGCCAUGGCCCGGACCAGACAAAGGAGCGUACCCUUGAGGAUGAAAACCCUCCAUGGUCAUCGAGCGACGAAAGCGAUCAAGAUGAGAAAACCCCAACAAAUGAGAAUAGUUUGCAAAGGAGGUAUGACUCUUUAAGCGAUGACAGUGAUAUAGAUCUUCCUGGAACCGAAGACCCAGGUGAUAUCAACGAAAUUGAAAUUCCGAGAAAUGAGAUUCCAAGAACUCAAAGUACUAGUGAAGUCGCGGUUCCUAGCAGUCAAUCACCUCUUGAGGAUAUCCUAGAAAGAAAGUCAUCUUUUGAACAUAGUGAGCCUCUAUCCACGUCUGAUAAAAAACUGAGCAAUACGCUCAGUGAUCGUGAAGGAAGUACGAGUCCUAUAUCUGAAAGUACCGAGCGUGAUCUAGGAGAAGAGUUGCGUGACAACGCGCCACAGAACGCUGAGACCAGUAGUUCAAGUGAUGACAGCGAGAAUGAUGAGCCAGUCACGCAACAGAUAAAUCCUGUGGAGCCCAACCUUGAAGCCAGUCUGACGCCAAAGGAAGUGAGGUUUGUAGUGGAGCUGACUAAGGGCACGGGAGGACUGGGGUUUACCCUAGCCGGUGGUGCUGAUACAAUGGGUGGCUGCUUUGUACGUGACGUCAUAGGCGACCCCGCCAAGUCGGACGGUCGAUUACAGAAAGGGGACCAAAUUCUGCAGGUUGAUGGCGUCGAUAUCAGUGAGAUGAAGCACAUGGCCGCUGUCAACGUACUGCGGGCUACAAAGAAACACGUGCGGCUCGAGGUGUUGAGACGGCCCACUGUGGUUGUUAGCGACAGCAAAUCAGGAGAGACGUACGAAACGGUGAACCUCACGCGUACUGUCAGGGGUCGUAUCGGGCUGAUCCUGAGGGAGGGAGAGGGCGGGAAGAUCUUGGUCGAUGACGUGGUACCGGGCGAGCCCGCCGCGCAGCAAGGGAACCUCAAGCACGGAGACAGAAUUAUAGAGAUCGGCGGCAAGAAGGUUGAUGGUGUUGGCUUCCUGGUGGCCAGGCAGUACCUGGACGCAGCCCGCCCCGUAGUACAGCUUGUAGUGGAGCGGUGCAGCCGUGUAUCCGAGUCAAAGUACAGUAUGGGUGCAUCGCUAGAGCAGAGCUUCUCCCUGCCUUCUGAGGACAUCCCACAUGGGUCGGACGUCAGCAGUCACGCAUCUGACGAUGAGGAGGAGAAGGAGGAGCAAGUGCCGCGCGUCGGAGAAACAAAGGAUGAGUUGUACACGAUGCAAUUGCGCAAAGGACCUCGUGGCUUCGGCUUCAGUUUGGUUGCCGCCCCUUCAUCUGUACCAAACCUUCAAGGAAUCUUCAUCAAGACCAUUAGUCCAGGAAGUGUCGCAGAAGAAGAUGGCAGACUGAGAGUUGGUGACCAGAUUCUAAAGGUGAAUGGCGAAGAUGUUCAAGGAAUGAGCCACGCCAGGGUCAUAGGAAUGCUACGGAAGAUCUCUACGACUGUCGACCUCGAGAUCAAAAGACCUGCUGAGGUGCAAGCCGUCCAUAACGCUGCCAUAGCAACCAAACGACCUGCCCCUACCCCCCCAAGUAACGUCGACACCAGCCCACGGCCUCCUCUGCAGAAGCGCGACAGUGGCCUUGAUCUUGAGAUAACACUUGAAGACAAUGGAAACAAGGAAGCAAAGGUAGACUUAAACACAAAGGAAGACGAUGAGAUCACCGGUCUUAUCAACGCCAUCUCGUCUGGUGACAAGACUUCCCCCUCCACGACCCGACCGCAGCUCAACAAGCGAGACACAGACGCUGUCCUUAGCUCUCUGCUCGGUUCCAUCAACUCCAACUCCAGCAAGCCUACCCUGGAUUCAAGCUGGGCUAGCAGUGCUGGUAGUGACCAGGAAGGGGCCAGGAAAGGUGGUUUUGGACUGGACGAAGACAGGCCAGGAUACAGCACGGCGGAUUCAAUUCCUCACUUCAGCUCAGGCUCGUCCGAAGACAAGCGCAUGUCUGACAGCUCAUUCAACCGAGGCGCUAGCGACAGCAUGGACUCCGAUUACGACGAUGCAGACGUGUUCGAUAUGUUGCGUGACAACAGUCAGAUGGUUAUUGACAUGCUCAAAGAUGCUGAUGACCUCGAUAGCGGGUAUGUCCCAAGCACGGUCCAGUCUCCCCCUCUGUCUAGUCUGAGGGGUGAUGUGCCACCCCCUAUUCCGACCACACCCAUCCCAUCAGAUAGCGACGACGAACCCCCUCCAACCCUCCCUGCUAAAUCAUCCAGGCUGAAGUCUGGCGACUCCAAGACGAUCUCCAAUGGCUUUGUCAACCACGACAGUAGUGGCAGUGAUAUCGAGACGUCUGGUCCACUGAUCAAUGUCCGACCUGGUGGAAGGUACGCCGGACACAGACUGAAGAUGCUGACCGGAGCUUUGCAGACGAAACUGGACUCGGGAAUGCCGGAGGAGGAAUUCAAGGAUUUACGGGAGAUCAAACCUACAGAUGGAUGUGACAGCGGCAAGAACCAAGCCAACACCGACAAGAAUAGAUACCGCAAUGUUUUACCCUAUGAAGCUACGCGUGUUCGUCUAAGCGGGUCUAGUGGCGAGGAUUACAUCAAUGCUAACCACAUCCGGGUACUUGUAGACGACGAUACCUACCACUACAUCGCAACACAGGGCCCUCUUCCGAACACCACCAAGGAUUUCUGGCAAAUGAUAUGGGAACAAGGGGUGGAGGUAGUUGCCAUGGUUACACUCGACAAGGAAGGCGGAAAGGUGAAGUGUCAUCGCUACUGGCCAGACAACACCAAUCAGCCUCUUAAGCUCGGCGGACGAUUUGAGGUGUCUUUACUCAAACAAACCAACUACGACUCGUUCGUGCAACGGGACAUCGCUGUCAAGCACUUACAGAGUGGGAAAAGCAUCGAAAUUGCCCAUCUGAACUUCGUCAAAUGGCCUGACCACGGUGUUCCAAGGUCCCCAGUGGAGAUGGUACAAUUUGUCGCAUACAUGCGGAGCUUAGCCACCUCGCAGGCGCCUGUGGUGGUUCAUUGCAGUGCUGGUAUCGGUCGAACCGGUGCUCUUAUUGCGGUAGAUGUGGCGCUUGGUCUCAUGGAGAGAGAUAAACCGUUUGACAUAAAUCAGACAAUCCGGGACCUCCGAGAGCAACGGCAGGGGAUGAUACAGACUAAGGAUCAGUACAUUUUCUGCUACAAAGCCUGUCUUGAAGUCCUCAAGUCCCUGGCCCAGCGGUAACACAUCGCAGGGCCCAGCGAUCGUCAAAGGUACUCAUCGCGGAUUUUAUAAUGGUCUGGUGCUUUGGAAAUGAUGCCGCAUCUGAAAGGAUAUGGUAGUGGCCGAGGCUGAGGAACGAUAACAUUAUAAGUACCGCAAGAAUGGUAUUUUUAUUAUAAUAUGUGAAAAAUAUAUAUCUAUAUAAUUCAUUUAUAGACGGGGGGGUAUGGAGGGUAUAUUUUUCUAAGAUUGCAGACGAUGAAGUAGGCUUAUAACACUUUUCACAUCAAAAAACAUUAUUUGUUUUAUUUUACUGAAACAAUGUUAAUUUGAACAAUUGUAUUACUUUGUCGAAACCUCAACAAAGGGGUAGGUUUUUCAGAGCUUCUUGCAAUUCCAUUCAAGAAAUUUGUUAAUUUCGAAAGGGAGAAUGGAGAUGGGUGCACGUCCGUGUUUUAUCUACCAAUUCAUGGAUUGCAGCUAUUUUUGUAUAUUUCUUUAAGGGUUUAGUGUAUUUGCUUUGUCAGUUUGCUUCAUAGUCAAUCCAUUUUAUACUGAAUCUCGCAUACAUCGAAAUAUAUCUCGCAUACAUAUGUACCUAUUUAAAAAUGUCAGCGCAAAUGGCAAAUGGGUAUAUUUGGGAGAAAAUUUAUCUAUAUUUUUCUGCGUUCAGUAAAAAUAUGACGAAACCCAUGGUAGUUUUCAAUAGUAGAACUGGCAAUUGGUAAUUGCCGUUUGCACUGUUUAGGUGGAAAGGUUAACAAUAAUCAGCUGUAGGUGUAUACAAAAAAAAAGAGUAGAAAACCAUUGUUUGAUUUAUCGCACACAUUAAACAUGUAUCUAUACAUACAAACCUCAAACUAGUUCAAAAAUUUAAAUUAUACACGUAUCUCGCAAAAAAGUUGAUAUGGUUUUUGUAUUUUAUAUAUAGUAACAUAAAACCACGCAAUACCGUACAAAGCUUUUUUUUAUCAACUCGGUCCUUAUAAUUAAUAUUAAAUGGUUUAGUGUGAAGACCCAUUUAUGUAUUUUAUGAAAUAUAAUAAAUAAGUAUGGGUGGUGA